GUCAGGAAGCCGCACUCGAUGAUGCACUUUGAGUGGCAGCGCCACGGCAUAUAGAGUACUUGCCACCUCACAAACUUUUACUCACCACCGAUACGGCUACGUCUUGAGUUGAAGUUGUGCAUGUCGUCUAGGCGUAUUCGUCAGCCUUGCGCUAGAGUCGCCACCAUUGGCCACUGUGCUGCCCCGCUGUGGGACCUGCAUCGCGAGGCUGACCAGGUUCCCAAAUUUUUUUGGGAGCGGCAGUCGAAGGUGGCUUCCAGACGCAAUUCCUCACCAAAUUGUGCCAAAUCCGCGUCCAUCAUUUGAGACCGCACCCUUCGCCCCGACAAUCUUGCGUCAAUCCUCUUGAAACGGCUGCAUAACUGCCGCGGCACCUCGGCGGACCGCCGUCCAACCUCGCGAUGGACUCUUCACCGACCCAGGUGAAGGUCAUCUUCACCACCAGCGAGCCUGACCUGCAGCUUCCCGAGUCCAAGCAGCAGUUGCUCGUGCCCGCCGACAUUAAGCGCUAUGGCCUCUCGCGCAUCCUCAACUCCGAGUCCAUGCUCGACACCUCGUCGCCCGUCCCCCUCGACUUCCUCGCCAACGGCACCUUUCUGCGCACCAGCAUCGACGAGUACCUCACCGCCAACGGCUUGUCGUCCGAAACCACCUUGACCCUCCAGUACGUCCGCAGCCUGCUGCCCCCUGUCUACGAGGCGAGCUUCCAGCACGACGACUGGGUCAGCGGCGUCGACGUCCUGUCGGCAACCUCGCCGGCCGGUAGCCUCGCCGACGCGGCAAACGUCAACGAGCGGCUCGCCAGCGCAUCCUACGACGGGCUGGUGAGGAUAUGGAACCCAUCCGGCGAGACCGUGGCCACCUCUUCCUCUGGACGGGCCGGCGGUCAUACCCAGCGCGCCAAUGCCGUCCGGUGGCUGUCGCCGACGCAGCUCGCUUCGGCUGGCCUCGACCGCAAGGUCGUCGUCUGGGACUACAGUGAGGCAGACGACGGCUUCACCGGAUCCCUAAAGCCCAGCAUGGAGCUGUUUGGCCACGAAAAGAGCAUCAACGGCAUCGACGUCAAUGGCUCGACGGGGCGCAUCCUCACGGCGUCGUCGGAUGGUCGGGUCGGCGUCUGGACGUCGUCCAAGAGGGCCGCGCCACAGGCCGACCCCGACAGCCUUCCGUCGGCGCACAGCUCCAAGCGCGCCAAGCUGUCCGCCGCCGCCGGCUCCACGGCUCAGCGCGGGCCCUUGGCCAUGAUACCCAUGCACAACGAGGCCGUGACGGCCGCCAUCUUCCACCCCAACGACGCCACCGUCGCGUACUCUGCCUCGCAGGAUCAUACCGUCCGGACCAUCGACCUGACGACGCAAAAGGAGGUCUCGCGGCUGACAACGAUGCACCCCAUCAUGUGCGCCGCCGCGCUCCCCACCAACUCGCUGAUCGCGGCCGGCACGUCGGCCAGGCACAUCACCCUCCUCGAUCCCCGCGAGUCGGCCGCGGCCACGGCCGCCAUGACCCUGCGCGGCCACGUCAACAUGGUCGUCUCGCUGUCGCCGUCGCCCGAAAACGACUACUCCCUCGUUUCCGGCUCGCACGACAGCACAUGCCGCGUAUGGGACCUGCGCAGCGUGCGGCCUGGCGGUCUCGAGGAGGGCGGAGGUCGCGUGAGCGAGGCCGCCUACACCAUCGGCCGGGAGUGGCUGCAGGGCAAAAAGCUGCCGGCCGCCGGCGACGGCGCCAAGGUGCUGAGCGUUGUGUGGGACAAGACGUGGGGCAUUGUAAGCGGAGGCGAGGACAAGAAGGUGCAGAUCAAUAGGGGGAGAGGACUGCUUUCGUCAUAGAUGAUAGAUUUGAGUAUAUAUACCAAUAGAUGGG